AUGUCUAUGCAAAUAAAUAAAAUACUAGCAAUUAUAAUGCUUUUAGGCUCUAUUUUUUUAUCGUAUUCUGGUAAGGCGAGCUUAUUCAAUAGUGAGUUGCAAGAAUCAGUGCGAAGUUUUUUUACCUCAUUGCCACAUGAUAUGGAUAGUCUAAGUCCUGCGGCAAUUAUAGGGAUAUGUAUCAUGAUAGUAUUGCUUGCUGUAAUAUUUAGAGGUCUGAUGUUUUUUGCAGUAGUAUGUUGUACGUUAGCUAUAAUGUUUGGUGGUACAGAAAAAGUCAUCUCUUAUUUAAAAGAAAAAUUUGAAGGAAAAUUUGAUUUUGCAGAGAAUAUAGAUUUAAAAUCUAGCUCUGUAAUGCCAAAAAAAGGCGAAAGUGAUAAAGAUGGAAAUAAAGCGGGCCAUUAUGGAUUUUUUUAA